CUCUCUCUUUAUUUUCUUGUGUGGAAAAUCAUAAAUUCUCGGUACCUUCCACAGAGCUUCGUCUGCUUCGUCAGUGAUCGUGACACUCACAGUUCGUUCACACGCUGAAGCCCCCCGAAAAAUAAUAAUGAAGAAGUUCCAGAUGCUCUUCUCUCAAUCCCUGAAAUGUCCAGUAAUUGGGAUGAUUCACGUUCCUGCCCUUCCAGGAACUCCUGGGUAUGGAGGGAAUUUCGAAGAGAACCUCAAAAUUGUUCGGAAGGAAGCUGAAAUCUAUCAAAGAUCUGCUGUUGAUGCUGUGAUGCUUGAGAACAUGCAUGAUAUCCCGUAUGUUCAGGAGGUGAGCCUGGGCCCGGAGAUUGUAGCAGCAAUGACAAGGGUAGCUGUGGAAGUGCGAAAAAUCCUUCAGAAUCUCCCGGUGGGCAUUCAAAUCCUCGCCUGUGGGAAUCAGCAAGCCCUGGCUGUUGCCAAAGCAGCUGGAUGUCAAUUUAUCCGUGCUGAGGGGUUUGUUUUCAGCCACGUGGCCGAUGAGGGCUUCACAGAUGCCUGUGCAGGACGUCUCCUGAGGUACAGGAAGCAAAUUGAUGCUGAAAACGUGGCGAUUUUGACGGAUGUGAAGAAGAAGCACUGCUCCCAUGCAAUUACACAGGAUUUGAGUCUCCUGGAGACAGCAAAAGCAGCAGAAUUCUUCCUCUCAGAUGGUGUGAUCAUCACAGGUACAGCUACAGGGGACCCCGUUAACCCAAAUGAUCUUCGAGAACUUUCCGGGAAGCUUAACAUCCCAAUUCUCAUUGGAUCAGGAGCAACAGCUGAUAAUGUCCAGGAGUACUUUGGCAAUUGUCAGGGAAUCAUUGUUGGAUCGAAUUUUAAGAAAUCCGGCACGUGGGAUGGAGAACUCUGUCCGGAAAGGAUUGAAUCCUUCAUGGGGAGGAUCAAUGAAAUGCGGAAGUUAUGAAUAAAAUAAUAAUUUAAUGGAAAAAUCUUU